CCCGGAGGUGCCAGGCUGUAAUCUGCAAAUGUAUUGUCUGGCCCCAGGGGCUUGACAGUUAAUGAUUUGCCGCAGACCGAGCCCGCGGGGCAGAGGAGAGAGGGGCGCGAGCGAGCGCGGGAGCGCGGGCGCCGGGGCGAGCCGAGCCUCCACCGGCCGCACAGGCGCCGCCUCCCGUCUUCCGGACCCGACACUUCGAGGGGUUCCGGGCGCCGGAGACCGCGGGGCUCCCAUGGAGGCCGCCUCGCCGGGGGGACCCGGCGCCCCGCCGCCGCCGCCGCCGGAGCAGGGAGCGGCGCGCGCAUCGGUCGGCCUGCUGCGCCGGGUCAAGGGCAAACUCUGCACCUGGAACAUUUUGAAAACAAUUGCCCUGGGUCAGAUGCUGUCCUUGUGUAUAUGUGGGACAGCCAUCACCAGCCAGUAUUUGGCAGAAAGAUACAAAGUGAACACCCCCAUGCUUCAGAGCUUUAUCAACUAUUGCUUGCUGUUCCUAAUUUAUACAAUGAUGCUGGCAUUCCAAUCAGGGAGUGAUAACCUUUUAUCCAUCUUGAAAAAGAAGUGGUGGAAGUACAUUCUGCUUGGACUAGCAGACGUGGAAGCGAAUUACCUGAUUGUCAGAGCGUACCAGUACACAACUCUCACCAGCGUCCAGCUUUUGGAUUGCUUUGGGAUUCCUGUGCUGAUGGCUCUCUCGUGGUUUAUUCUUUAUGCAAGAUACAGAGUGAUCCAUUUCAUCGCUGUGGCUGUCUGUCUGCUGGGCGUAGGAACCAUGGUUGGUGCAGACAUGCUAGCAGGGCGGGAGGACAGUGCAGCAGGUAGUGAUGUGCUGAUCGGUGACAUCCUGGUCCUCCUCGGGGCCUCCCUCUACGCCGUGUCCAAUGUGUGUGAAGAGUACAUCGUGAAGAAGCUGAGCAGACAGGAGUUUUUAGGAAUGGUGGGCUUGUUCGGAACAAUAAUCAGUGGCAUACAGCUAUUGAUUGUGGAAUAUAAAGAUAUUGGCAGCAUUCCCUGGGACUGGAAAAUUGCCCUGCUCUUUGUGGCAUUUGCCGUCUGUAUGUUUUGCCUGUACAGCUUCAUGCCACUGGUGAUUAAGGUCACUAGUGCCACUUCUGUCAACCUGGGCAUCCUGACGGCUGACCUCUACAGUCUUUUCUUUGGCCUCUUUAUGUUUGGCUAUAAGUUUUCAGGACUCUACAUCCUGUCCUUCACCGUCAUCAUGGUGGGGUUCACUCUGUACUGCUCCACCCCAACGCGCACAGCAGAGCCGGCUGAGAGCAGUGUCCCGCCCGUCACCAGCAUUGGAAUUGACAACCUGGGACUGAAGCUUGAGGAGAACCUCCAGGAGACCCACUCCGUGGUCUUGUAGCUGGAGAAGAAGGGACACACGUACACCCGAGGCUUCCUGAGAAGCUGGGAGCUGCCACCUGGAUAAAAGCAGAGCCGGCAGCCUGCUGAGGGGACACUUGGAAAAUGAUCAGACUCAAGAGUGAACCCCCUGUAGCAUUGGAUUGGAUCCAGUGGUUAGAUUUUUACAAAGGUACAAAGGAAUACAAAAUCAUGCUUCAAAAACAGAAAUACCAAAAUAGAGCAGAAGCUGUGGCCAGGAUUAUGUUUCUGUGUGUUUGAGGACCAGUGCUUGUUAGCAUCAAGGACACAAGGUGCGGGGCCCACACCGGAUCUCAGGUACAAGUGGGGAAGCAGGAUGGGGCAACAUACCCAGGUGUGUGCCAGCCUCAGGAAAGGGCCUGAAGCGGGCUGUCCAGGCUGGCUGGUGGUCAGCAGGAGGGGCAGCCCAGGGAGGUUUUAGAGUAGGUGUCCUCAGUUGGAGGCAUCUGAGUUUUGUUCUGCUGAAAAUUGUCCACAAGCCUCAUGGCCUUUAGGCCACCAGAUGAGGUCUGGUGACUGACUGUACAUGUCGACAGAAAUUUUGAGAUACGAGCGUGAGUACCAUGGAAGCUGUAAGGUGGAGGACGGUGUACUAGGAAACUUCUCCCAAUGGUUUCUAUGCUACUUCUUAGCAAACAACGUGCCGUGAGAUUUUUAUGACACUACUUCAGUGCAGAGUGUUGCUAUGUAGCAUCAUUAUGAUAUCAGCUACCAGUAUGCACUUGACAAAAACUCUAUACGUAAACUUUUUUUUUGGUAAAAAAAUAUAAAGAAACUGAGGGUAAGUUUUCAAAUUAUUAGAAGAUUUUGAUUUCAUGGAAAUAUACUUACUGUGUGGUUUCCUUGACUGCCUACUUCCCCUUGUGGAUUUUAAGUGACUUAAUGUAUUUGAUUGCUUCAUAUCCAACUUUUCGGAAUCAUGUCUUCUUACAGUGAAGCAGCUCUAUUUGGGGCUGAGCCGAAAUGGAGAGGAAAUCAGAGUGGACUCCCAGAUCAUGUGCCAGAAUAAACAUUUAAAAAUUUUGAA